CCGCGCGCUGAAAUCGAAUUCAUUCCCCUUCCCCCGCGCCGCGCCGCGCCGCCAUCGCCGCCGCCGCCGCCGCCGCCUCCGCCCCUCCGCACACCGCGACGCCACCUAGCACACCCUGCUCCGACCCGCCGGCUCCCUCCUCGCUCGGCCGCCACCUGCGCUCCUCGCCGGCGGGGCGCACCCGCCCGCCUUCCUCAACCCCUGGAGGCGCGGCAGCAGCCGGUUCCGCCUCCCUCCAUGGCCGCAGCCGCCGCCCCCGGAGGCCCGGCGGUCGGUGGCUCGAACCCUAGCGGCGAUGGCGGCCCCAGGCUCCGGUCCCCGCCGGGGAAAGGGAUCAAGCCCGUCGCGCUCGCCGACAUCACCAACGUCGGGAGGCCCAACACCUCCAGAUCCGUCAGCAUCGGCGACGUCGUCAAGGAGAACGCGAAGCUGAUUCAUCUGCUCACCGAGAAAACGAAGGUCAUUGAGCUCAGCAGAGUUGAGAUGCACAAGCUCCGGAUCGCGCUGCAAGUGUCGCGCCAGCAGAAUAUGCAGCUUGCUCAGACCAAUUCGCAAAUGCUCGCGGAACUAAAUAUGGGGAAAGAUAGGAUCAAGACAUUGCAACAUGAGCUUUCAUGCACAACAGCGCUGCUUAAAGUAAAGGAUUCAGAGCUCGAGCGAAAGAAUAAAACUGCUAACCAACGGCGGAAGGAAGUAAAUUCACAGGAGGUCUUGAAAGCUAUAUCUUCCAAAGGUGCAGCUGUUGAGGCACAUCAAAUUCAUGGCUCAAUAACCAGUGGUGUUGAACACCAGUUGCUUAAAUCUCAAUCUGCCGUGCCAUCAAGGACUGAUUGUCAAAAGCCACCACAAGAUGCAACAAUAAAGAGGGGCAAAAAUAAGCGGAAGUCAGGAUCAAAUGAAUGUAUAAAGGACACUAAUAUAACGCAGGAACACUACGAGCCUCAUUUGCAACCUAUUUUGUCACUGGAUCAUGAAGAUCGGAGGAAGACUCAACGACGAAGGUCUUCUAGACUGAAUCAAGUACCUUGUGAAAUCGCAGAAGUAUCUCACAAGACAUUGCAUGAGGAUAUUAUAGUUCCAUCACCUUCUUCCACUUUAAGUGUUCAGAAACAUCAUGGACCAACCGCUGGAAAAGAUACAGGGAAGUCACUGCAAAAUGAAUGCAGUGCAGUAGUGCAUGAAGAAUUAAUGUCUUCAGUAGUAGAGGAAAUUGAGAUAAAUGAACAACCACAAAAGGGAGUGAAUUUGAAGGUACAAGAAGCUUGUUCCAGCGUUACCAGAGUUGAGGCUCAUCAAAUUGAUGUUAAGGCCUGCGACACCAAACAUAGCCAUUUGGCUAGUCAAUCAUCUGUGCCAUUUAAUAUCACUGAGCCCCCCAAGCCACCAGAAGACACCUGUAUCAAGAGGAGCUCAAACAAACAGAAGUUGGCAUUAUGUGAAACUGGAGAAGCUGUAGAGGAUGUAAAUUCUAAGUGUGGCGUGACUAUCAGUGAGCAAUUGCGCCAAGAAAAGAAGAGAAAAUCUCAAAGGAGAGGAACUGCAAGAUUGAAUUCAGUAUCCGCUGAGAACACAGACAGCGCUUUUGAGACUCUGCAAGAGGAUGUCAUUGCUCCUUUGGCCUCUUCCAGUUCGAUUGCCUCCAUGGAGCAAAAGACAACUCAAAAGCAGAAUGAUGCUUGUUCUUCGAUGAAAUCUACUGAGGGGCAGGUGGUGGCAGGGAGGAGGUCUUUGAGGCGGGCUGCUGAAAAGGUCGUCUCUUACAAGGAGAUACCCUUGAAUGUUAAGAUGCGACGACCUUAACUACCAGGAGAGCCAUCCAUUGCACUGUGAUUUGUGUAGACAUGUUGUAGUUUACUUUCUUUGCUAGCCUCAGCAGGAAGCUUUCUUGUCAUUUUUUUGUUGCAGAAGUAGUGACUCACUGCACCUUUAGCUCUGCUUCAAACAGAUAAUCGAAACCUGUUGCAGCCUUGUCAAUAGCUCUUGCUGCCGUUCUUGUUCUGAUUGUGUAGUGUUGCAGCUGAUACUAGCAGGAGAUGUACCACUGUGUUGUUUUGAGAAAAUUAUUAAUUUUGAGAGGGAGAAAAUUAUUAAUUAGCUGUAAUAUGAUUUAUGAACAAUGCACCGCGUACGUGAUGUUGAGCUCACUGUUGAUUUGCUAA